CGACCCGGUGGGAGGCUGGAACGGGAGCUUCCGGGUGGAAACUCCAGCCAGCUGCACGCGGAAGUGGAGAAGCCGCUGCUGCUGCUCGCCGGCGGGGGCGUCCGUGCGAGGGGCGGGGGCCCGAGGCCAGUGGGUGCCCCCUCCGCGCUGCGAUGAAGGAGCCCGAUUCUGCUGGCGUCGGCUGGGGCCUGAGGCUCUCCUCUCUGCUGGGCUUCCUGUAUCGAGAGAUGCUUGCUGUGGCUCUCUAAGGUAGACUGCAACGGGCAGCAGUGCCAGGCCGCGGGAUUCGCUCUCCGUUCUCUGGCCCCACGCCGGUGCCGGUUCUGCUCGCCUUCCUCUCCCCUGGGUGUGUCCAGAGCCAGCUUAGAGAUGUGGAAGUUGCCAGUCAUCCCGCUGCUGAUCAACGUCUUCGGCUCCCUCUUGGGCUUUGUUGCAACGGUGACACUCAUCCCAGCCUUCAAGGAUCACUUCAUUGCUGCCAAGCUUUUUGGGAUUGACUUGAACAAAACCUCCAAGCAGCCCAUCCCCGAGUCCCAAGGAGUCAUUAGUGGGGCCGUCUUUCUCAUCAUCCUCUUCUGCUUCAUCCCGGUGCCCUUCCUGAGCUGCUUCGUGGAAGAGCAGUGUAAAGCAUUCCCUCAUCAUGAGUUUGUGGCGUUGAUUGGCUCCCUCCUGGCCAUCUGCUGCAUGAUCUUCCUGGGCUUCGCAGAUGACGUCCUCAACCUGCGCUGGCGCCACAAGCUGCUGCUGCCCACCAUGGCUUCCUUGCCCCUCCUCAUGGUCUACUUCACCAACUUUGGGAACACGACCAUCGUGGUCCCCAAGCCCUUCCGGCUGCUGCUCGGCAUGCACUUAGACCUGGGCAUCUUGUAUUAUGUGUACAUGGGCAUGUUGGCUGUUUUCUGCACCAAUGCAAUCAACAUUCUUGCGGGGAUCAAUGGUCUGGAGGCUGGGCAGUCGCUGGUGAUCGCUGCUUCAAUUGUCACUUUCAACGUCAUAGAGUUAAACGGGGAUUACAGAGAUGACCACAUCUUCUCUCUCUACUUCAUGAUUCCCUUUUUCUUCACCACGUUGGGGCUGCUGUAUCACAACUGGUAUCCUUCCCGUGUGUUCGUGGGCGACACGUUCUGCUAUUUUGCCGGCAUGACCUUCGCUGUGGUCGGGAUCCUGGGGCACUUCAGCAAAACCAUGCUGCUCUUCUUCAUCCCACAAGUUCUCAACUUCCUGUAUUCGUUGCCUCAGCUCUUCCACAUCAUCCCCUGCCCACGCCAUCGGCUGCCCAGAUUCAACCCUGAGACAGGAAAGCUAGAAAUGAGCUAUUCAAGAUUCAAGCUCAAAAGCCUCUCUCCCUUGGGGGCACAUAUCCUCAAGAUAUCUGAGAAGCUCCACAUAAUGGAUGUACGUCAAGGAGCUGACAAGGACGGAGAAUACAUAGAAUGUAACAACAUGACGCUGAUUAACUUUGUGAUAAAGCUGAGAGGACCAACUGCUGAGAGGACCCUCACCAUUCUGCUGCUGAUGAUGCAGAUUGCGGGGAGCAUCAUUGCCUUCUCGGUCCGGUACCAGCUUGUGCGGCUGUUCUAUGAUGUCUGAGCUUUCCCUUCUGCUGCUGGCACCAGACCCACCACCUCUUCUGGCUUGCCCCGCAUGUGGCUCAGAGCUGCCCUUGGCCUCUGCCACUCAGUCUCCAUCCCAAGGUGCAGGAAGGCAUUUGAAAAGGCCUCUCAUGCCAGCCGCUCUUUCUCUGGAUGUGUUUGGGAUCUUGGUUGGAGACAGGCUGCUGCUGCCGCUGCCGGUGCAGGAGUUUGCACUAUGUGUUUUAAGUAGCUUAUUAAUGCACUGGCAGAUCAGGAAGUGUCAAAAGACUGCUGGGGUUGGGGGUGGGUGGGAAGGGCACUGGCUUCUGCGUACAUCUCUCCUAUGGAGCAUAUCUGACCUGAAGGAGGACUCUAGAACGGAGCUGUCCAUGCUGAAACUAGUCCCGCAUCACCACCUCCCCUGUUUACUCCUGCUAGGAAAAUGGACCCGGCCUUGUAUUCUAGGCCUGUAGUUUCCUGCACUCGGUCAAGGACCACUGUGAAGACUGCUGGGCUUCUCCCUCAGGGUUACCGUGGCCAGCACUAAUGCCUUCAGCAAAGGGAUCAGACACCAAAAUCCAAGGGAACCAUCACAUGUAUGGUGUACUCUGCUUGGCAUGGGAGGUCAUGAGCCUGGUCAGUCUUGUUCCCCUCCUUCAGGAAUGGCUUGACCUAACAAUUGGGGGAAGCACCAAAGGAGGCACAGCUGCCUCUCCUUCCCGCAACUAGGUUGCUCCUCUCCUCUUCUGCCCUGUGGUGCUUGUAGACUGGCUAUUUGUCAGGUAGAGCUGUAUUGCUCUACCUGACAAAUGGCUAGCCUGCAGGCAGUGGGGGGUGGGAGAGAGAAGCAAUCAAGCGGGCGGGAAGGGGAGACAGCUAUCUCCCCUUUAGCACCUAUGUGUGCUGGCUUGUUAGGAUCGUCUGCUCCUGCUCACAGCUGUUAUGUCAGUUCAUGUCUCUUUUUUUGUCUUGUGGUGGGUGAUGCAGUCUAGAAGCAGCAGCAGGUGAUUGUUAAGACUGGAUGUGGGAGACAGAAGCCCAAAACAUAUUUCCUACAAAGCAAGUCUUAUUAAAGGUGGUAGGGUUGUAAGCCAGUAUAUGAUCCUGCUGUUGGCCUCUUCAGGCCUGCCGUGCCAAACCACUUCUGUACUACUAUCUAGCUCUCUGCCGCAGCCCCAAGGAAGAUUGUCUUGCCUUGUGUUUUUCUGUUACCACUGUCUUGGGCUUGCACUGUCACUCUCUGCCCUGGCCUGAGAUCCAUAAAGAGAAGACUGACAGACUACAAGCGGGCACUGCAUUCUGAGGACUGAAGCCUGCUCGGGGAGAGCUUAAGUCAUCCCUGUGGGGCAUGGGGCUGGACAGUUGGGGAGCAGGGAGGUGAAAUAGUUGGCAAUCUGUCAGGGCUGUCGGCCAGUGGCCCUGCAAUAAAGCUGUGACAGAAUAGGUGUGAAAGGUGUGUGUGUUGGUGAAGGAUGCUCAUCAAAUGGGUGAGAAGGGGUUGGGGUGGGAUAAGACAGGUGAUUUGUAACACUUUUUAGCCAAGCACCUUCUGGAAGUGGAAGCCUCAACUCCCCCUUGGAGCAAGGCCUGUGAAAACUCAUUAGCUGUUCUGGUCUCUGUUGCUAAUCCUGCACUGCUGCCUUUCAGCAACUGGCCUUUUCCCAUUUUGGUGCUCACAGAGGGGGGCAGGUGUGUGAAUACUACAGUAUCUGCCAUAGUUACCUGUUUGCAGGCUCUGACUGGCCCACUGGGCAUAUUCCCAGUGUGCCCAACUCCUACCCUUAAUUACUUAUUUUGUGCGAAACCUGCCGCCCUCCCCCCUCAGUGCCCCUAGUCCGGCCCUGCCUGUUCGGGAAGGUAACCACCCCUACCUUGUUUCCCUAGACCUUUAUGCAGGUGGAGGCUCUUUUCUCAGGCAUAUUUUGGAUUCCCUCUUCACUCUCCCGCUGGGUGUUAAGCAGUAAUAAAAGGCAUUUCCUUCAACUAGUCACUCACAAUUUGGGGAGGAGCGGUGGGGGCCUUCUUCCGUCUCCUCACGCCUCUUCCGCUGACGCAACGGAACUCCGCUGCUUGCAUACGCUCGCGAGCUUUUCCUCUUCCCUUUUCGAAUUUGGCGCGCUGCUUCCCCACUGGCUGCGGGUGUCGGCCAAUGGUCGGGAGAAUCGUAGACUCGUACCCAAUCAGCGCGCUCAUGUGGGCAGCGGAGGGACCAAUAAGGAGAAAGCGCGGCGCCUACAAAUAUCGGCGAAGCGCGGGUUUCUGCUCCAUUCCGCUCUCCCUGCUCCCAUUCAUCCUUUCGGCUGUCGAGGGCUCGCCAUGUCGGGGCGCGGAAAGGUUGGCGGCGGCAAAGCGCGGGCCAAGGGCAAGUCGCGCUCCUCACGGGCCGGGCUGCAGUUCCCGGUGGGGCGCGUGCACCGGCUGCUGCGGCGAGGACACUAAGCGGAGCGGGUCGGGGCCGGCGCGCCCGUCUACCUGGCAGCGGUGCUGGAGUACCUGACGGCCGAGAUCCUGGAGCUGGCGGGCAACGCAGCGCGGGACAACCGCAAGACGCGCAUCGUGCCCCGCCACGUCCAGCUGGCUGUGCGCAACGACGAGGAGCUCAGCCGCCUGCUGGGCCGCGUCACCAUCGCCCAGGGCGGCGUCCUGCCCAACAUCCCGGCCGCCCUCUUGCCGCGCAAGGCCGGCGCAGCCUCCGGAGCAGCCGCGCAGCCGGCCAAGAAGAAGAAGCAGACGGCGGUCCAGGCCUCGCAGGAGUACUAGAUGCCGCCGACGGCAGGAGGAGAGCGGCUCGUCGCCCUGCUGGGAUCCAGGCGCGGCGCGCCCCCAGCCGGAGAGCGGGACUCGAUGGACGCAGAGGCUCCAGGCCUUUCUCCCUUGCUCGGCGGCGGGGCGGCUGCUUUGCCCCGGGGCUGCCUCUUCGGGGCCUCGUUUGCGUCCAGGUGGCUCAUUAAAGGGGCUUUGUUUGA